CAGUGACGGAAAGCACGCCGCUCGACAUUGCCAACAUGCACAUGUUACAAAUCGUUACAACCUGCAAAUGAAACUCAACAUAAUACCCCUUACAGGAGAUGCUUAAUUGUGCAAAACGUUUGAGUCUAGUCAGCGUGUCGAGUCUUUUUGUAAGAAAAAAAAAGGUUAGCGCGUCUUCUUGCGACACUUGGCAGUUGCGGCUGAUGAGUGUUUCUUGUCUUUGGCAACGAAGAACAUCGUAGGACCGUGUUGUUGACAAUUACAUACGAAACUAUUCUAACUACAGCAUUGUGAAUUUUGAUAUACCGUUGUGCCAAAGGGGAAGAAUAUCAUCAAAUGAAGAUUGCAGCCGGGACUAAUAAUGCGCUUCAGGGGCCUACCUGUUGAUUUACACGUCGCCGAGUCUGACUUGACGCCAGUAACUCCAUGCGUACUACUUCUGCCGUGCGCGAAUUGCAAUUACGUGAAUCCAUCGUUCCUUGUGUGCCUUAAAAAUCACAUAAUAUGCAGGCCGUGUUCAGUGCAAAGCACCUCGUCCGCGAGCUCGGCGUGGUGCCCGAUGUGCAGGCAGGUCGUUACGGUCACCGCGGUAACCAUUGAUCGAGACAUGUUGGCCCAGUUACGGUUCCGUUGUAGGUGUGGCCUAGAGCGCACGUUGCCUGAUCUAAGAAUGCAUGUUUUAGAGAAAGGAGUUCACGAGCUGCCAGCCGGGAAAGUCAGCUCACCUGAUUUACCUACCGGAUCCGCACAACCGGAGAUGGUUGAAUCUCGGCUCAGAGCUAUCGCAGUAGAGGAAUUCAAAAGGCUUAAACACGAACUGGAGCAUCCAGAGAAAGCGGAAGACGAGAAGCACGGACUUCUGCAGAAAAUCGAGGCAGAUAGAACGGAAAUACUGCAAAAAACCGAAGAGGAUAAAAAGGAAUUACUGCAGGUUAUUGAGAAGGCUAGCGUCGGAGCGAAAUCUGCUGUUAACGUGGAACACCUUCAGGAGACUGUCAACGCGCUUAAGGACGAUAUUGAAAACCUGAAGCACUGCAGGCCCGCAACAGCACAAAGAGCCUACUUUUGGUUCGACUUUGAUGACUUAAGCAAACGCUUCCAAAAUGCCCAUGACGGCGUGAAGAGUGAGCUGCAACAUUCGUUCAUAGGAGGUAUACCCUUCCAAGCCUGCAUUAAACUGUGGUCAGUUGAUAAGAAAGAAUAUCUCGAUAUAUGCGGAGGCCGCGCGGAUCACCACGAGAUUGAUAUACCCUUGCCUUUAAACCGAAAAGUCGUCUUAACGAUCCAUGAUACCAACGGGAAAGUGUUUGCAACGAAAUCUUGCAAUUCCUAUAUUAGUGGACAGUACUUAUUCCGCUUUGGGUCUAAAGAAGCUGGCCUCUCAAGAACUACCAAACUGAUCGAGGUCAGCUUACUUACAAAAAAUUGCCUCAUCAACGGAAAAAUGUUAACAUCGAUUGAACUACAGCCUAUGGAUUCGUAGAACUUCACGUAAGGUACUUGCGGGCUCGGAAUAGAACUGCUUGCUAUCGUAAAAAUUCUUGAGGAGAAGGUAGGUAAACUUCUGUGGCCUGUUGUCAUGGGCCUGAUGCGGCUGUCAAACAUAAUGGUGCAAUUCACUUCAAGCAUGGAGUAAAAAUAGUCCUACAAAACCGCCAUGUCUAGGCCGUCAUGCAUGCCGAAGAAUUAACAUGAGUUGAACUAACCGGCAGCAUUGAAACGAUCUUUUGAUGGAGCAAGCAAGACUAUGUUGACAAUCAAAUAAAUCAAAAUCCACUGCACUUUUGUUGUA